AUUCCACAUGUAUAUAUAUCUACUUUAUCUUAUCGAUCAUUAUAUUUUUUUUCCGUCAUAUAUACACAUACAUAAUUUAAUUGUUUUUAUAUGUGUCUUUUUCUUUUCCCACGCGUUUUGAACUAUAUAUGAAGCUAAGGAAUCUCUGUUGAUACAUGCAUACAUCUGUCAUCAGGCAAAAUAACUCAAAUCGAAGCAUUGUUUAGUAGAGGAUAUGGAGAUUAGUAUUUACCAGCCUCACAUCGAACGAGAGAUUGAAUCACACAUAGAAAGAAUCCAUCCACCUAGGGUUUGCAUAGAUAAUGACUCAUGUAGAGACUGCACGGUGGUGAAGAUUGAUAGAGCUAACAAGCAUGGGAUACUAUUGGAGAUGGUUCAAGCGUUGACAGAUCUUGAUCUUAUCAUUUCUAAAUCAUACAUUUCUUCUGAUGGUGGAUGGCUAAUGGAUGUGUUCCACAUAAAGGAUCAGAUUGGGAACAAGCUCACAGAGAACAACAUCGUGCAUCAUAUUCAGGAGGCACUAUGUGAGUGCAACACAAGAAGCAACAAAAAGGGACCGCAACAAGAAAAUGUUGCCAUAGAGGUGAUAGGAACAGAUCUUCCAGGCUUGCUCUCAGAGAUAUCAGAAGUACUAAUGGGCUUGGGCUUCAACAUCACAUCUGCAACAGCCUGGAUGCACAAUUGCAAAGUUGCCUGCAUUAUCUAUGUAGAGGAUGCAUCCAAACCUGGGCCUAUUAACGACAAAAAGCGUUUGGCCUGCCUCGAGGAUCAGCUCCGGAACGUGAUAGAGGCCUGUGAAGGGAGAGGAAAGAAAGAGAGAAGUGUUGUAUUAAAGAGCUCCACCGCCGGGCAUAGCCAUAUGGAACGGCGGCUCCACCAGAUGAUGUAUCUCAGUGGUGACUACGAGAGUUGUCGUGCCUGCGACAGAGACAAUGGCGGUGAACACAAAAGGCGGUGUGACGAGACCCGUGUUUCAGUGGAUAGAUACGAGGGAAGAGAUUACUGGGUGGUGAAUGUGAUAACCAGGGAUCGUCCUAAGUUGCUGUUUGAUAUCGUCUGCGUGCUCACAGACAUGCAAUAUGAAGUAUUUCAUGCAGCUGUUACCUCCAACAGUCCCAUAGCAGAACAGGAGUACUUCAUCAGGAACAAGUGUAGUUCAAAUCUUGACAAUGAAACCGAAAAGCAAAUGCUCACGCUAUGUUUAAUCGCGGCUAUAGAGCGCAGAGCUUCACAUGGAUUAAAGGUAGAUAUUCGCACUCAAAACAAACCCGAGCUACUAUCGAAGGUGACGCGUGUAAUUCGUGAGAAUGAACUAUCCAUAACAAGAGUUGAGUUUGGAGUAGAGGGAGAAACAGCAAUAGGAUCAUUCUAUGUUACAGAUUGUUCAGGUCAAGGUGUGAAAGAAAAUAUAGCAGAGUUGUUGAAAAGAGAAAUUGGUGGGUCAGUUGUUUUGGCUCAUAAUUCUCCUUAUAAGGUCUCUCAAUCAUCAACAUCCAUGAGUAAUAACAGUAGAGAUGUUGUACCAAGAUUUUCUAUUGGAAGCGUGAUUUGGUCUCAUCUUGAGAAACUCAAAUUACUAGCAUUGUAAUUGAACUUCAAGAAAUGUUGAAUUGUAAAUAGUAGUUGUAUAUUACAUGUAAAAUGUCUUGGAAACAACAAACAAUUGUACUAUUUUAGAAUUAAUUAAAUAUGUUAAAAUUAGAUGGGAUCUUGUGAUUGGUUGAAUGUAGAGUACCCAACUUUUUAUGAUGGAUAGAGAAGUCGUCCCCAUUAAUAAAUUACUCAUCGAGAUGAAA